AUGCCUCUCCUACGGAGCGACUCCUUUAAGGACAUAGACUUUACUCUUCGUCGACAGUUCGGCAAGGAGAAUUUCAGACCACACCAAAGAGAAAUUAUCAAAGCUGCCCUCGACGGCCACGAUGUCUUCGUCCAGGCUGCCACCUCGUUUGGCAAGAGUCUAUUCACUAUCAUGAACCAAGUCAAAGCCCUCAAGGCAUCAGACGUGGACGCUCGCACCUUAAACAGCAACACUACCAUGCCAGAGCGGGACUACAUCUACGCUGACCUCGCAACUGGGCAUCCCCUUACACGGCUUCUCUACGUGACUCCCGAGCUAUGUUCCGGCGACCACUUCCGACGGAAACUGAAACUGGUCUAUGAGCAGCGAGAGUUGGCACGGAUCGUAGUCGAUGAAGCCCAUUGCAUCUCAGAAUGGGGCCACGACUUCCGCAAAGACUUCAAACGGCUCUCCUGGUUCCGCGAAACCUUCCCCAACGUACCAGUCAUGUGUCUCACCGCCACAGCCAACGACCAAGUCCGCCGCGAUGUACUCACCACACUCGGGUUGGGCAAGACGCCCGGCAAACUCAAGAUCUUCAGCAUGACCGCCCACCGACCAAACCUACAUCUCGAAGUGCGUUAUACCAGCGACGAAGCUAACGACCGUUACGACGACUUCGUCACCUGGCUCCAGGGCGUCUACGACCGCCGCGCGGCCGCGGAUCGCAAAGCCGAAUUAGACGUCACGGGCGAGCGUGUCGAGAACGUCUCAGGGAUCAUCUACACCAUCUCGCGCGACGAAGUCGAAUCUCUCGCGGCCGCUUUGAGGCACGACGGCAUCGGCGCCCGCCCUUUCCACGCGAAGCUGUCGAACCAGACCAAGGAGGAGACGUUGGCCAAAUGGAUUGCCAACGAGCCGGGCUACGAUAUCAUCGUUGCCACGACGGCCUUCGGCAUGGGCAUCGACAAGGAGAACGUGCGCUUCGUCGUGCACUGGCGGCUGCCCAAGUCGUUUGAGGGGUACUACCAGGAGGCCGGGCGGGCGGGUCGUGACGGGAACGCAAGCUAUUGUUUUCUGUACUACAGCCGCGAGGAUCGGGACCGCGUGUGUAACUUGGUCGCGAGGGAGCCUGUGUCGAAACACGCGGGUGCGAAUGGGAUCAACAAUAAGCAGGCGAGGCAGGAGAGCCUCAGCAGGCUGGUGGCGUAUUGUGAGGAUACCAGCUCUUGUCGGCAUGCGGCGAUUUGUAGGUAUUUUGGGGAGACGCAGGUGCCUGAGUGCGAUUAUGCAUGCGACUGGCAUAAGGAUCCGCAGGGGCUGAAGAGAAGGAUGGCGAGGGGACUGGCGAGUGAGGAGUGGAUUAGUACUCAGCGGGAAGAGGGCAUGUAUGAUGAGUAUUGGAGUGAGUAA